GUUCUGGCCGAUGCCCUUAAGAGCAUCAACAAUGCAGAGAAACAUGGAAUGCUUCAAGUUCUCAUUAGACCAUGCUCUAAAGUAAUCGUCCGAUUUUUAAUUGUGAUGAUGAAGCAUGGUUACAUUGGUGAAUUUGAGAUCAUUGACGAUCACAGAGCUGGGAAAGUUGUUAAUCUCACAGGCAGACUGAAUAAGUGUGGUGUGAUCAGUCCCAGAUUUGAUAUUCAGUUGAAGGACCUGGAAAAGUGGCAGAACAACCUUUUGCCUUCACAUCAGUUUGGGUACAUAGUGCUGACACCUUCCGCUGGCGGCAUGGACAACGAGGAAGCAAGGCAAAAACACACAGGAGGCAAAAUCCUUGGAUUCUUUUUCUAAUACUUGUAAAACAGGCAUACUAAUAACUUGUUCAAACGGAAAAAAAAAUGUACUAGACAGUCAAAGGUAAAAACUGUGUUUGAAAAAGUACCA